CAACCAGGCGACCAGCUAGACGUCGACGCGGUGCACUGUGGGUAGGUCAGGUUACGAGAGUGGAGGACGCCAUGUGCUUGUGAGUGUGACAGCGAGACUGGCAAAUUUGUGCUGUGUUAUUAGCAGCUGGGAUUGGUCUAGUUGUUCUGAAAGAAACGACAGGAAAUAAAGAUGUACUGCACUUUGCACUGCAUCCGGAACUCGCUGCGGAUAGCCGCAAAAACACACCGGCAUCACCUGUCUGCUCCGGCUCUGUCUGCACUGCGAGCGCUCCACUGUAGCCCCGCCCGUCUCUCGGACGCCAUAGCGACGCCGCCGUUGGAUGGCGCGCCCAAGCAGUACUCUCCCAAAAUCCAGCAGCUGGUCAACGACAUCGCCAGUCUCACCCUGUUAGAGGUGUCCGACCUCAACGAGCUGCUCAAGACAACGCUGAACAUUCAGGAUGUAGGGAUGAUGCCGAUGGGCGCGAUGGCCAGCACGCCGACCGCCACAGCAGCUCCGGUGGCGGAGGAAGACGUGGCCCCGGUGAAGAAGGAGAAAACCCAUUUCACAGUGAAACUGACCGAGCUGAAGGCGGAGGAUAAAGUCAAACUGAUUAAGGAAGUGAAGAACUGCAUUCAGGGGAUAAACCUCGUACAGGCUAAGAAGCUGGUGGAGUCGCUGCCGCAGGAGAUCCGUGCGAACGUUUCCAAAGAGGACGCAGAGAAACUGAAGGCGGCUCUAGAAGCAGCAGGGGGCACUGUGGUUCUGGAGUAGAUCACCGCAGCACCAUGCCGUCCACCCUCUUCAUUUCUCUCUCUCUCUUUUAAUUUUUUUUUUGUUUGUUUUUUACAACAAAGCUGAAAAGAGUUUUGGACGCAGGUGAAACGUGAUGUAACUGGGUGUGUGAACUCUCAGACUGAACUCUAGCAGGCCGCAGGCUUGCAUUCUCUCACCACCCGGCCAUCGCACCCGUCUGUCCGUCUGCAGAGAUACAGACGGUAUCGGAGUAAUGUCUGUCUGUGUCUGUCUCAUUGCAGCGAGGACAUGUGUCCUGGACAUGUAGAGACGUGCGCCAUUGUCCACGGUUUAAAUAAAUAUGUCGUAUAGUAAUGUGGAAAAUGUUGUCAUGGUAUGAAGAUGGUACGAGAACCAGAUUCAGUUCACGAAGGCCAACCAAGAUUCGAAAACCCCCUGGAAGGUUGUUACGUUGUGGUCUGUAAUUUCUUAUUUAAUACAGGUUUGCGAUUUAAUUUCACUUUUACUCACUAGAGAAGAAGAUUCUGGAUGAGACGCGUGUGUAGUUCCAGCUCAUCGUCGGUCCACGCGUACAGUACGAAUCCCUUUUAUUCCCCUCGCGCUGUAAUUGUUUGAGUCUAUCCCCAGUUUUUGCCUUCUCUUCUGCUCAAUACGCAGAUCUUGACGUUAUUCCUGAGGUGUUCGCCGUAACAGUUUAUGACUUUAUUGCCACUUACUUAUCACGUGAGCUUAGGCGAGGGUUUUCAGAUCGUUUUUACAUAAAAAAAAAAAAAAAAGUAAAUGCUGUGUGUGGAUCUGAACGAGGAUUUUUUUUUUUUUAAUUUACAUUAAAAAAAAGAAAACUAAAGGGUAAAAUUAUGUUUUUACAAAUGUGUACACGUGGGCGGAGCCUCAGGAUCAGCAUCCAAGAGUACGCAAAUUCAGAUUAAUUCAGUGUUUCCUCCUGUCAGAUAUGUGCAUGUAGGCAGAACCUAAGCAUGUUUACUGUAUCCGAAAUGUCCCGGUGACACGGCUGACCUGGAGUCACCAUUUAAACGUUUUCGGGGACACCACAGAUGAUUUCCUUCCCACUCCGAGGCCUGGUGCACAGCAGCAUGGGUCAUUUUUUGAAAGUGCUGAAAUGUGAAAAUGCCAGAACUGCAAUACGUGCUUUUAUGUAAGUAUAAUUUUUUCAUGUCCAACAUGAAAUUAAAAGACCAAAGAUAGAAAUUGAAAUGUGUUCCGCCAUCUUGGACAUCACAUGACCAGGGCGGACUGGUAUAAAUCACCUU